CUCACACGACCUGGCCCCCUCCUCUUCCACGAAUAGCCAGCCAUACGGAUCACGACCAGAAGAAAUCGGUAUCGGCGAGCCAGACCAACGCAAACCCAAAUCCCCAAUUCGAGCUGCCCACUUCUCCCAAAGAUGGCGGCGAUCUGGGUGGCGGUGGCGGUGAUGCUGGUCGCCACUGCUCAGGUGGUGGCGGCUGCCCCGGUGACGGCGCCGGCUUUCCUCUGGGCGCCCAAGAACUACGGACUCAGUUCUAGUGAGGCUAAAGAAGUUGUCCACUAUCAGACACUCUCCCCAAAGAGCUUAGCUAAAUCUGUUCUCGAGGAAGGUGGCUGGUCUAACUUGGUGUGUUCAAAGGAUGGUCCUCAAAAGAAUGUUGAUGUUGCAGUUCUUUUUCUUGGAUCAAAGCUACAAUCAUCGGACAUCUCUAAAGAUAAACAAGCCGAUCCAGCUUUAGCGGACACACUGAAGCUAUCAUUCUCAAGCUCUGAGCUUUCCAUGGCAUUCCCUUAUGUUGCCAUCUCAGAAGAUGAAGCAUUAGAGAACUCAUUGCUCUCUGGAUUUACUGAGAAUUGUGAGGAUGGCUCCCGAGGAAAUCACAUCACAUACACUGACACAUGCGCUGCAAGCAGUGAAAGUAUGAAGAAACAUUCGAGCAUGGAUUCCAUUCAAGACUUGGUCAAGUCACGGAUGGGAAACAACCCAACUGGACAGACUGAGCUAAUUGUCUUCUGUAGUGGCGGUUUCAAGGACAAUGUCAAAUCAGAAGGGGAGUUGCUUUCGGAGGUGGUUUCUGUGCUUAACAAGUCUGGGGCUAAAUAUUCGAUCCUGUAUGCUUCUCAACCCUAUGGUUUGUUGGAGAACACUUCCGAACUGCCACUGGCCAGGUACCUUGCAGAGAAGACCAAUGAAACUAAACCCAUCCUAGAGAAAUGCGAUGGAGAGUGCCAACUAAAAUCAACUCUCCUGGAAGGAGUUUUUGUGGGAUUGGUGCUGCUUAUCAUCUUGAUCUCAGGACUCUGCUGCAUGAUGGGGAUUGAUACUCCAUCAAGGUUCGAGGCUGCCCAGGAUUAAACUUGAGUUGAUUUUAAAGCAGAUCAGAUAUGGAUGGCCAGUGUUUCCCUGGUUUGCACUGUGGAUAUAGUUAGCUUCCUAUUAAAAGGUGCAUUGUGUAUUUUUCCGACCCAAAACUUCAGCUUUCAGUGAUCGAUUUUUUGUUGUAAUAUCGCAUUCCCAUAUCCACGGAGAUCUGAGCCUUUGCAAACUGCUCCACGCGCAAGGCCUGUGUUGUAGUAUCAGACCUGCUACCAGUUUUCUCUGUGCAUAGCCUUGAAUUGAGGUAGCCAAAUAAGAUGGUUGAUGGUGCUGUCCAUCUAAUAAAAUCUUUCUAUUAUUGUUCA